AUGGACUCUCAAAGGCUGGGUUCAAAAAGUUAAUCCUCCCCCUUUACACAUAUCGUGCGGAAGUGGACUCGGAAGGCGGAUACGUAAGGACGUUCGUUUAUGUGAAGUAAAAAAAGUUAUCAUAAUUAUUUGGUCUUCAGAGCCCCAGAAGAAAACGUGAAAACUGAAAUUUAAAAUUCCUGCACAUCUUUCAGGGAUUUACUCUCCGACUGGUUCGCUUCCUUCUAAAUAACCUAUGGCAAUGUAGCCAACGUUUGCAGGUGGCUUUGUUUUAACCGACGCCUUGUUUUACCGUUUUAACUAAUAAUAUAUAACGUUAGCUAGCUAAGUGUUUAUCAAAAUUGCAUUAUUCUUGUUGAAUCAAACUAAAAUAAGUAACGAGUUUCUCUGUAAAGUUGGUUAAUGUCUUGAGCAAAUGCCAGCGUUAGCUGGGCGGUUAAUUUCGAGGAAGGUAGUAGAUAGCAGGCUAACGAUGACUGCCUUAAAUGAACGUUGAAUUUCGUUAAUUUCUGUAUUUAUCUCAAAACUAUUUCAGACAUUCUGCCACAGUUUAAGCGACACAAGAAUCGCAUUGUAAGUAGGCAGCAAUUCUGAGACAAUCGAAGUUGGCUAGUUAGCAACCUAUUUAGCCGAGGAAGCUAGGUAUCGCUAGUUUACUGUUGGCAGUGGAUUUCAAGUUUUAACCAACUUCAGAUCGGUUAACUACGCGAGGAGACGACGAAAAGAAUGCUCGGGGAGUGUGGGAUGCUGGAGCGUGACAAGACGGCGCUUCGGAAGUGCAAUGUUAAGCUGUGCAAAGAGAUGGUUGUGGACGAGCUGCUGGUUCAGAUUCUGCAGACCGAUGGCAUUCUUACCGACAACAUGGCUGAGAGCAUUCUGGUAGAGAGCACCUCCCAGAAGAGGAACUGGCGCCUGCUAGCCCUCCUGCCAAAACGAGGGCCUCAUGCCUUCAGUAGCUUCUGCAAAGCGCUGAAGGAGACUGAGCAGCAGCACCUGUACGCACUGCUGACUGAGCAGAGGGAGAGACUCAGAGAGGGAUAUGUGGACUCUCCCCUGCCCCUGCCCACCCAGGACACGGUCAAGGCCAAGAGAGCCAGGAUUAGCCAAGAGUCGGUGGAGAUGUGCCUGGACGCGGACAGUCCCGUCACCUCGGCCGUGCUCCCGUGUUCGCGCGACUUCUACCUCUCUCACUUCCAGCAGGCGUACCGCAUGGCCUCCAGUCCCCGGGGCCUGGCCCUCGUCAUCAGCAACGUGACCUUUGACCCGCCGGCGCCUGACUUGGACAGGCGGGUCGGAGGGGAAGUUGACGAGGACGUGCUGCGGAAACUCUUCGCGGAGCUGGACUACAAUGUGGCGCUGCACAAGAACCUCUCUGUCCAGGCGAUGCGGAGCUGCAUCGAGCAGUUCAGCGGGAGCCCGGAUCACCGGGCGAUGGACAGCUGCGUGGUGUGCCUGCUGUCCCACGGCGUGGAGGGGGCGGUAUACGGCACAGACGGGCAGCUCCUGGAGCUGGACUGGGUCUUUCAGUCUUUUGACAACGAGCACUGCCCCCAGCUUCAGAACAAGCCCAAGAUGUUCUUCAUACAGGCCUGCAGGGGAGAGGAGAUGGACUCCGGAGUGGACCAGCUGGAUGGCACGGAGAGGACGCAGUCGCCCGGGUGCGAGGAGCGGGACGCGGGCAGGGAGGCGGAGGAGGACCGAGAGAGGGAGGAGAGGGAGAGGCUGAGAGUCAAGCUGCCCAAGCGUUCCGACAUGAUCUGUGGCUUCGCUGCACUCAAAGGCACAGCAGCGAUGAGGAACACGAAGAGGGGCUCCUGGUUCAUCCAGGAACUGAACGACGUGCUGAGGCGCAGCGCCAGAGACACUCACCUGGCCGACGUCCUGGUGCAGGUGAACGGGCGUAUUAAAGAGAGGGAAGGCUUCGCCCCGGGGACCUCCUACCACCGCUGCAAGGAGAUGUCCGAAUUCACCAGCUCCCUGUGCAAAGACCUCUUCCUGUUCCCCAAGUACUGCCCCCAGAGCUGAUCGGCACAGAGCGCACACUCUCGCGUGCACGCGCUCACACACCGACCAGCCCACCCGGGAAGAACCAAAGGGCCCGGCUGGGGAAAUUUAGUGUUGCCAACUGCCGGGCAUGAAUAUGGUGCGUGUGUGUCCGGCCUUGUUAAUAUGUGUAAAUGUAUAUACGUGGUUACUGUUUUCCACAUUUGGAUAACUGCGAUACUGAAAUGAAAUCUCUACAUGCAGUGCUGUAUACCAGCCAUUUGAGAUUUUAAAAAAAUUUUCAGUAUGGUCUUUUUUUUUUUUAAUACUUGAACAGAAGUCGAUCUUAAUUUCGUUUUAUUUUGUUUAAUUCUUUUAUAUGCGGAUCUGCUCGAAUUGCUUUAACAUUUCAAAACAGUUUUUUUUUUUUGGUAAGUUUUUUGAUGUUAAAAAUUGAAACGGGAAUACCGCAACACCAGCAUUGCAAGCCAGGAGAUGUAUAAGUAACGCGCGAGUUACGUGCCAAGUGGAAAAGACUUAUGCGUGGGAGAGCAGGGCAGCGUCUCUCCAGACCCCUUCUUGUGAGCACAAACCCUCGAAUGUUAGGAAGCCAGGCGGUCCAUCCUGGUCUGUACUUGUCAGUAUUUGGGAGGCCGAGCUGUGCUGAAAUCUGCCAGCUAGGGUGACGUCCCGUGUCUCUCAGUGUCGCUGUGCUGUCAGUUGUGAGGGCUCUGUGGGGGGGGGGGAGAGUUCCUGUUCCUGGGUAUUUCCCCCCGGUGCAGACCGUCUCUCUCUCCCGGUUUCUGCGGCGAUGGGUAUCCUGACUGACAGGCACACGGGCCCGAUUAGCUGACGCGCACGCCGCUUCUCCUGUCGAACGAGCUGGCCCGCGACCCGCUGGCUCCGAGGCCUCGUGUCACUUCCUGCCGUGCCCAGUGCGGUCCCCGGUCCUGUUUAACCGCGGUGCUCUCUGUCUUUGUGUCUGAGGAGUGUGUGUAAUACGUGUGGCUGAUUUUGCAGGGCCAAGUAAACUGUAAGAGGGGGGCUCUGGAGUCUGUGUAGGCUGAGGCAUCAUUGCAGGGAGUGUGUGGUGACGGGACGCAGUGAUGGGACGCAGUAACAGGAUUUAAUGAUGGGACGCAGUGACGCUUUGUCCUGCUCGAGGCUGGGUGGGUUUAAAUGAGCUUAGUUUAACUUGGCUCCUGGGGUAAAGGCUGCGUUAGCUUCUCCUGAUAGCGCACCAGCUCUCCGCAGGCUGCCAGCUGUCGGCAGUGGUACUGGUACUGGUACUGCGCGGUCUGCCGUAUGGGGUACGGGGCCCUGUGGGCGCGGUUAGCGGGCGAGCGCUUUAGCGGCAGCGCUCUUCCCGCGGGUGCAGGUGCUGUGGUGAGCACUCGAGAGGGACGCGGCUGGGGGAGCCAGAUUAAAGAGAACCGAACUCGGUUGUGGGGGAGUCUGUUGGAGAAGAAAGGGAAGGAACUCGGUUAGUGGCAUUGCUUGAAGCUGAAGAUGCAGUGCAUGGUGGUCAGGUUGCACCUGGGCCUGUGUGUCUGCAGCCCUAUGGAAACCUCAGCUGCAGAGCCCUUACGGUUUGGGAGAUGGCAGAAA